AUGAACUUGCUACAAGGAGAUGUAACGAGCAACAUCCCACUCAGCUGCAAUGUCUGUCCACGGCGGCCCGAUUUUUCGGACGUGAGCCAUCUUCUCACCCACAUCCAGAGCAAGGGCCAUCUUUCCGCCUAUUACAAGCUCAAAGUCAAGGGCACCUCCGACCCUGCAGCUCAGCGCACCAUUGACGACUUCGACGAGUGGUACGCUGACUACGGACUGGAGGAGCUGAUGCGUGAGCGCAUGAGCCAGAAAGACAAGAAGAAAGCCGGCAGUGGUUCCGCCUCGCGUAGAUCUACCACGGCCACAAACUCCGCACGCAGCACCCCCGCUCCAUCAGCUGCUCGUCGCGCAACGCGAAGCCUCCGUGAGCAGACUCUGCUCGACCCGCAGCUCAACCGUAGAGGUGCGUCGACAUCAUCACGUUCGGCAACACCACUCUCGCUGUUCGACCCGGUCAACUUCCAUCGCUCGUUCGGCGCCAUGCAGCCCGCUUGGGGUCAAGCCUCCUACCUGAGCAAUUCCCCUAGUACCAUCAAGCAAGAGAGCGUCAGCAGUUUCGAUGACGAGGAAGACGACGUCUACGAGCCACUGGCAGGACGCAACUCGCGCCGCCGCGCCAACAACANCAUCUCCGUCUUCUCUCAGAUGGACGAGAUAUCUGACUUCGGUGAGGACAUCGUCAACGACAACACCAAGCUCAAGGGCGUCAUCUGGCCAGGCAUGUCCAUCUUCGAUUCCGCCACGCCUGACAUGAAGCGUCGACGCAAUCAGAAGAAGGAUGCUCGUGUUCUCAGAGCACUGCAAGCCACGAGCGAGAUUGUUGAACCCACCGAGUGCGUGUACGACACCGCUGGAGAGCUCCGCCGUGAGCGCGAUAUCACCGGCCUGCCCCCUUCCGAAGAUGACCUGAUUGAGGGCGAGUCCGAGCCGGAACCAGAAGAGCAAGAGAAGAAGCGUCCCCGCCGCAACGGACGCCAGGCUUUGGUAAAGAAGGAACCCAACACGGGUCGAGUCACUCGGGGACGCAAGCAAGCCGCUCCGCUGUUCACUCGCACCACCAAAGCGACAUACUUCGACGGCCUGGACAAGGACGAUGAGCUGACCUACAGAGCCCGUCCAAAGCAGCGCACCGGUCUGAGCAUUCAUCGCGACAAUACCGGCCCAGAGAUCACUUUCAACCAGCCAAAUUCGCUGAACUACCUCACCGCUGGCUACGCUCCGCUCCACGGCAGUGCUUCCACUGGUCUGUUCCAGCGUUCUCAUGCGCUUGAAAACCCUCUGAUGCCACGGUCCCACAACCGCGAAUUUUCGUGGGGUCAAUCUCACGUCCCAUUUCGUCCAUCCUCGAAUGGACUCACUAAUCCUCACCAACAGGCAUACUCCACCUUCGGCGGAAUGUUCAGCCAGCCACCAGUUGCCUCCAGCGCCAACGCCAACGUCAGUGCCAUUGCCUCUGCCUCUGCCGCCAGUGGCCACUCCUCCGGCGCCUUCGCCCACAACUUUGGAGCUGGACCAACCAUGCCCAACAAUACUAAUACACUCUUCCAGACUUCUACUGGUGAUUUGUGGGACAUCUUCAAUAGCGUUACGGAUCCAGUCGAUAGUAUUGUGGGUGACGCCGAUCUCGGUUUUGGUGUUGGCGGAGAAGCCCUUCCAAACAAUGCACUCUUUCUGUCAGACGUCAAGCCGGCAGUCGAGGACGAAGAGGGCACCCUCUCCGCAGCGAAACUUUCACGACAUCCUCUUGCUCUCAGCACUUCACGGCGCCUCCACGGCAAUCACUCACAAAGUUUGGGGCGAGGUGCUGCCAUUGGUCUCACGGAAAAGGGGUGA